AUGGGAAGUGGCGGCUCCUCGGGGCGCGGGGCCCCCGUGGCGGCCGCCGAGGGCCCCGACGGCACCGAGCAGCGGCUAGAGGUGCGGAGCCGGCAGGUGCCGGCCGCGCUGUGGGCUGAACCGGGGCUGCGGAAGCUCUACCUGAGCGACGCGGGGCUGCAGGAGAUCCCGGAGGAGCUCGGGGAGCUGCGGCACCUCCGCACCCUCGCUCUGGACGGCAACGAGCUGAUGGAGGUGCCCGAGGCCGUGUGCGACCUGCCCCGGCUGGCUCACCUGUACCUGGGCCGCAACGGGCUCCAAGGGCUGCCUCCCGCCUUCUCCCAGCUCCAGAGCCUGCGCUGCCUCUGGAUAGAGGGGAAUUUCCUGGCGCGCUUCCCCCGCGCCCUCCUGCACCUUCCCGAGCUCCGCAGCCUCCAGCUGGGGGACAACCGGCUGUCCCAGCUCCCCGCGGGGCUGCCCCGCAUGGCGGGACUGCGCGGGCUCUGGCUCUACGGGAACCGCUUCCAGGAAUUCCCGCCCGUGCUGCUGCGCAUGGAGGGCAUCCGCGUCCUCGACCUGGAUCGCAACCGCGUCUCCCGCUUCCCGGACCUCACCGGCCUGGGCGCCCUGCGCCUGCUCUCCUACGACCACAACCCGGUUCAGCAGCCGCCGCCGGUCGGGGAUGAGGUCUGGCUGGUGGGGGACGGGGCGCAGGAAUACAUGGAAGCGCGGCAGGAGCGGCUGCGGAGCCUUCAGCUCCAGCAGGAGGAGGAGGAGGAGGAGGAAGGAGCCGAGGCCGCUCCGGUGCCCGCCGAGGACGGGCCACAGGACGGGGAGCAGGAAUUUGAGGCCCUGACGGGCUCCCAGGAGGAAACGUGAGGGACGUGGGACCUCCACCUGCCUCCCAAGGAAUUCUCAGUUCGGGCUGGGAAAGCAGGAAGCUCACAGCCUCCACGUGGAAAAAUCGGUAGUCCGAGGAUCGGCAUCUCCCAGCUGGGACAGCAAGGAGCUGCCUCCUGGAUCUCAUGGAUCGCUAUCUGGAUCCACGAGCCCACCCGGGAGCAUCCCAGGGUAUCUUGGAUCUGGGAUACAGCCCCCUGCCUGAGGGGUGACCCCACAGACCCUCCUACCCAGUCUCAGUGUCCC